CGGAAAGGCCGGUGGGUAUGUUCCAAGGUUGGCAUACUAGUAAAGGCGCCUGUCCAUGGUCGCAAUCCCCGAAGGCGUCACUGGCAGGCAGUCAUGCGCGAUGCUUUCGAUACUAAUAACUGGUAUGACUGUAUCUAUCUACCUACAUAUAAGCACGUUUGGAUAUAGCCUUGUGUAAAAGCAGCCGAAGGACGUUCUUUUGUUGAUGACGCUUAAGCAGCCCAGAAGUCCAUUGUUAAUGAGGAAUCUACUUCGCCUGAAUGUGAGCGUGCGGUAGAAACCGGCUACCUAUCCUGCUACGACUGUUGGACCGUCAGUCAAUCUAUGAUUCAGCAACAUAUGCAUGCAGCACUUUAUCUCGCAGCGGGAUGUCAUGCCCUAAAACAUCCGACAUGCUACCCAUGGCUAACCCACUUAUUGGGGAUCGUGGACUAAGAAAUCAUCCUCGCCCAGAAGCCAUCAGACAGUCCGGGCAAAGAGUUCGCUGUUGCAAGCUACGUAUCUGUGCAGCCGGGCUGAAAGACUCGGUCCUGUACGCUGGGUCAAUGUGGCAUUGGCGGUGGCUCACGACGUACUGCGUAUAAUGGUCGGACAUCAAAAGACCAUGACACCAGCAUGGAUAUACCGGGGUAGCUUUUCAGUACUCCCACCUCAUCUACCGAGGGGACUUUCUGAUGGGAUACAUUGUCCCAUUGUAGGACCUCCCGGCUUCGGAACCAUCUAAAAAUAAUCCAAAGGCAAUCAUCUGGGGCUCAUCAAAAGAGGUCAUCCCUGUAUGAUGCUGGUGGCGAAGUGUCUAUCUGGACUCCGGGUAUCAAGAGAACGAGCGAGACCACUUCAUGUCAGCUACUGCUAUCAAACCGAACUAUGGACAUGGAGCUACGUCCUCGCCUGGGGACUUCCACCAACAGUAUCAUGAAAGACUCCUGCUGUCGAAGUCCUCUCGCUCCAAGUUCGCCACCAACAAGUGUCACGAGGGACAAUAGGAUAGAGCACAGCCGCACAGCCACAGAAUGCAGCCAUUCACGCCACAGCGUCAACAUGUUCCCUGUUUUGAUCAGCCGGCGCAGUCCUCCAGGGUGUCUCCCAGUCCCGAGCGAGACUCUGUUACAACGUCCAUUCAUAUGCUCAUAUCACCCUCCUUCCAUGUCCUUAGUCCGUCGACUACCCAAUGCACCGUUGGACCCUGUUCCAGGAACGACCAGCAGUCGUUAGCUGCAUCUCCAGGUUCCGUUCCAGAAGCAUGCAGAUCUACCAUGGCAAGCAUCGCAACUUGUUCCGUCUCUGCUCGCUUCGCUUUAGCGAACACAGCAGCCUCUCUCUGCCCGCCUGUUCUGCAAGACCCUGCAGGCAAUGAGUUCAGAAAGACAGACAGGCGGUGAUAAUCCCCGUGUAGGUAAAUAAGUUGGGUGGCCAUCACUUGAGGCGCCGCUCCCCUCUUGUCUCUUUACUAUCUUGAUGAUAUUGAUGCCUUCAUUCUCUGGCAUAAUGCACUGUCUUUUCCCCGUCUUUCGUUUUGCAUGAUAUGCGUUUAUGCUAGUGGAACAAUAUACGAGAACGAGCCACACCAGCUCUCUAACAACGGCAGUCACAAUGAAACCUGAGAAGUUAUUGCUGCUUGCCCCUAUCGGCGGGCUCAUGGUUACGGCGCAACCAGAUGCUCCUGAUCCGCUGGAGGUCUUUGCGUCGGAAGCAUUCUCGGUCUAUACAGAAGCCACCUCAAUCUUGGCCUCUGCGGCUUCGGUGGCUUCAGCAGUCAUCGCGUCGGACUUGUCAGCCAUCGAUGCUUCGUCCACAUCUUCCCAGAUACAACCUACAAGUGCUGCCGAUGUGUCAAUAUCGAGGUCGUCGGCCAGUUCAAAGACGGCUUCAAUAACCUCCUCGGCUGCACGGUCGUCUCUCUUGUUGACCGCUACCUCCGAAGUCUCUCUCUUACUACAUUCCCCGUCUUCCUCAGCCAUAUCCUCAUCAAGCCUAACAUCGCAAACUACCUCUGCCUCCCCGUCUCCCUCUUCGCUGCUGGGAACAUCGUCGGUUCUGGGAGCCGCUGCUGAGUCAAGUGCUGCCGCAGCUGCCUCGAAAUCGGGAUCUGGGAAUCAUGGACAUAAGUUGGCUAUCAUACUAGGCUGUGUUUUGGGUGCCCUUGCACUAGGGAUGACCAUUUUGACGGUCCUGAUAUGCCACAAAAGACGUCCUCAUGGUCAGUCUCCACGUCACCGGGCUCUUUCGCCUGGCGACGACGAGGUUGAGGGUUGGAGACUAAAUCGACCGUCUACACUUCUCAGUCAAGAAAGCAUGGACACAUUGCGUCGUGGGUCAGGUCUUCAAGGAGCGGCGCCUCUUAUGUCCGAGCAUCCAGCAUUUCGCAAUAGUGGAGAGCAUGAGAAUCCAUUUGUGCCCAUCAUACCACCGCCGCGACGGACUGCGCCGAACUCGAGACCAGGUCUUACCGACGGAGUGGUGCCUGGGGACGACCCUUUCGUGAUGAAAAAGGAAACGGCAGUCUCAGGGAGUUCCAAAAAUCGAAGCGUGCACAAUACGGCAUAUGCACCCAAACCGAAGACCGAUUCACUUGCUGCUCGGCUUGCCGCUGCAGCAGCCAAAGAAGACCUGCUGCAGCAACAAAGGCAUUCCGAUUCUGAUACGGACUCGGUGGCAAACGAAAAGUACACGGUGCAAGCUGAGCCGCAAACGAAAAUCAACAGAAAGCCUGUCCCUGUCAGCCACGUCAACAACGGGGAGCGGUGGCCGUACUCGUCCGUCUCGCCCGUUUCACCUAUCUCACCCACGGACUUCAGUGCCGAAACGACACUGCCUCCCGUUUGGGGAAGUUCUGAGCAUCAUCGAAGCUUCAGUCGUGAUGCAGCCAGGGCGAAUGCGGUGUUUGACCAUGAAUAUAGUCCGCUCACUGGGCAGCAUGAUAAUGAGGGCGAAUCUUCUGACGAUGCUACGGCGGCAGCAGCAGCAGCACCUCCAACUCAAGAUGACCACCAAGGAUGUUCGAGGAACAGCAGCCUCAGCAGUGCCAGCAACUAUAGCAGCGACGACAGCACUGUACGCGCCCCAAGUCCGCUGCAGCCAUCCCUUUUUUCAACCAGAGCAACGGCUGAACAGUCAACACCACCUGAGCGACAGAGCAGCAUCUUUAUCCCGAGCAAUCCCUUUAUCACACCUACUGGGAGUCCUGAACCAGGAGAUGUUCCCACAACUGACGUUGCUCCGGUCAUCGCUCCACAAGCGCCGCCAGCAGCAGCAGUAGCAGUAGCAGCAGCAACACAACCCUCCGCCCCAGCACAAGCGCCGGCACCACAGCCUCAACCUCAGCACCAAACCGCAAAACAUCAAACAUAUCCUAAACCGGCGCCCCUACCACCCGCCCGCAGCAGUCGACGAACCAGCACACAAACAGCACCCUACACGUCCGUCGGCAGUGGCGCGGCGUCCUUCGCACAAAUCAACCGCCCUGCCGUCCCGAGCCCUCUGUCCAGUGAACUACGGCGCGACGACAGUGGUGCCUCGGCGAGCGUACGGCCAGGCAGAGCCAGCGUCGCGGACAGCAAAAGUCUCAUGACAACAAUACAGAAGGCCAAAGGUGACAAACCUCGCGGCUACCGCAACAGUUACCACGCCACUCCCACUUCGGACUGGGACUCGUAUUCUCGGUACCAGCCAUAUCCAGUUGAUCUGGCCAAUGUCCCGAACAGUCCUGACCAAGGGAGCGGUGGUGACCACGAUUUUUAUGUGCCCGAACUCGACGAUCCAAUAUCAGCUACUUUUACCCCAAAGGGAAGACGACGACGCUCAAGCCCUACAAGUGCAGGUGCAGGCAUUGUCGGCGACAGUCGGUAUCCCAACUUGAGUCCAGCUAUGCCGCCGCCCUCUAGAGAUUGGGAAAAAGGCAGCACGGGUGGAAGUCAUGACAUGCCGCAAUCACGGCGCUUUUCGUCAGGCUGGCAUGAGGGUCAGAACAGAACCAAGAUGUCAGACUACGGUCGAAGAAGAUCAACUAGCACAGCAGACAGGAAUCAUGAACAAUUCCAACCUUUGCACUUUGGUGGCAAUGGCAACGCCAAUACUGGCCGGAGACGGCUGAGACCGAGUAUGGAUUUCACGAGUAUCCGGGAAGAACAAUUCGACGACGACAACAACAGUCGGACGACGAUGUACCCAUCAGGACGCCAGGGAAUGGAUGUCGGACAGGCGCUUUGAUGACUAGAUGCAGGGCAGAUAGAAUCCUGCUUCUGAGGGAGUUUACGAAGGUCAUGAAGGUUAUAUCAUUAACUAUACUACAGAACCUUAUGUUACCUAUAUACCCACCACGCUGGACCUACGAAGGGCCCUACUGUUGAAAGCCAUGAGGACGAUGAUUAAUGCAGUCUGCAAUGGAUAUUUGCGUCGAUGACAGCGGUGUUGAAAAACCUGAAGUAUUGAGUCUAGAUUGAUCGAAUCGAUCUUUCCGAGUUCCCUUGACGGAUCUCUUCGUUGCACGCUGUAGAAGUUACAGUAGCUGUACAGACUACCUUGUACUUUGUGAAGUCCCCCUCGGGCAUGCUGG